AUGGGUAUUGAUGGUUUAUGGAAGUAUGUUGAGGCUGCUGCAAAGGAGGUCUCCCUGCAUCACCUCACUGUGGAACAAGGUUUUGUCCUGAACUCCGGAGGGAUAAGAUGCCUUCAAGUAGGAAUUGAUGCAAGUGGCUGGAUUCACAGGGCGAUGUACCAGCAUAGCAACACAAAAAACCCUGAGCUGGCUACCCUUUUUGCUCGAUGCUGUCGGCUUCUUGAGGAGCCUAUCUCUGCUUUGUUCUUCUUUGAUGGGCCCAAACGGGCAAGUGUAAAACGUGGAAAGCAAGUUCGUGGCAACCCACACUGGAUUGAGCACGAUUUCAAGAAGAUGGUGAAGGCGUUUGGAUGGGGGGUGGCUCCUGGUGAGGGGGAUGCCGAACUCGCAUGUUACUCAAAGCUGGGAGUCAUUGACCUCAUUGCAAGCGAAGAUUCAGAUUUGUUGGUGCUUGGUGCCAAGGCUGUCCUACGAAACUUGGCUGAGGUUGAUGGAGAUGAAAAGGCAAAGCUCUACCGCGCCAAAGACAUCAUGCAACAUCCCUCUCUGCUACUUAGUACCACAGGCCUUGUUUUGAUCGCUCUGCUGACUGGUGGUGAUUUUUCGAUAACACAGCUUGUAGCUACUGGGUUGCUUUGA